ACGUGAAGGAAUCAGAGCGGCUAACAGUGAACUGUUUCUGUUCGGUGUGUUAGAAUACGAUUUCCAGGAACAGGUGGUCGGGGGAAAACUGGGUAUGAGAGGAAUCUGGCGCAGAGCAUUCUUCAUACCAUUUCUUGGCAUUGGAAACAUCUUCCUUGGCUUGACGUAUAAGGUUGGAGCACCCAUACCCAUUACUGGUGUGCAGUUUGGAAUGCGAGUGGAAUUUGGAUAUGACUGUUUAAUACCAGCGGACUUUAAUAACGAUGGGCACUGCUUCGGAGGGGGUGGCUAUUUUGGUGUUGGUUCACCACAGUUCUUUUAUGCUGAUUUUAAUGCAUUAACACUUGGAAAAAUAAUUCGUCUCUUGGGAUUCACUUUUGCACUUCCUCCUCCGAUAGCACAGACUGGCUUCCCGGAGGGUGCAUCGGGAUCUUAUGCCGAGGAAGCGUUCGACCUGAGAAUCGCCAAUGGUCCCUUCAUUCCUGAGGGCCUAGCCAUCAAAGGCCGCGUUAAUACUUUUGGAUGGUCAGUUUACGCGAAUAUCAAGCUAUCAGAAUCGGCGAUCUUUAUCGAUUUUAAACCAGACCCAAUAACAAUCUUGGACAUUGUGACAAUCGUCCGCAGUCCCACGGAUCGGGAAAACGGACCAUGGUGGUAUCUGGACGCAAGAAAAAGUCCACCCUUCAUCGAGGCCUAUAUUGAGGGAUAUACAAACAUAUUGGGAAUUUCAACAUACUGUCGGCUAAACCUGACUAUCACACGCAUAGAGAUGUUAGUCCAAGGAAAUUUCCUCGAACUCAUCAAAGCUGAACUCUUUAUGACUGCAAGCUACAGUUUGACUUCGCUGGGAACGCAGUUCUACAUCAAAAUUAAUGUGGACCUACACGGAAUCAAUAAUGCUUUAGACGCAGCAGCGAGGGCUGUCAGAGGCGCAUUUGAUGCUGCCCAGAAGGCGCUUGCUGAUGCAAGAGCAAAAGUGGUAAGAGAAAAAGAAAACUGCCGAAGAAAGCUGACACUCGAGUGUGAUAACUGUAAGAGGCUCAAGUGUGAUAAAGCUCGAAAGGAUUGUAAAGGAUUUUUGAACGCAGCUGGCAAAUGGAUUGGUGGUGUAGUCGAUAAGGCUGGAAAAUGGAUCAGAGGAGCCUUCAAAGAAGUAGGAAAGAAGCUAGCUCCGGUCGGCAAAGCCAUUAAGAAAUUUUUCAAAGGCUGGAAAAGAAGAAGGGAGAUACUGGACAAACGCAAUGAGAAUUUCGAACUCCAUCUUCGACGACGUCGAUUUAUCAGCAAAAUUAUUUGCGAGGGCGUUGUAGGAGGGGGAUGUAACGCUGUGUCCAGCCUUUGCGAGGGAUCGUGUAAAGUUGUUAACCAUAUUGGUCAAGGGCUGUGUAACGUUUUGGAUUUAGCCAUUGGAGCUUUGACGAUAACUGAACGGGCAACAGCUUGGGUUGGAAGAGCUGUUGACUUCGUCUUGACUCAGCUGUUUAGAGUAUACAGUAUCAAAUUUGAGUUUAGCCUUGAAGCGUACGCAAGAGACAGGGACAGGAACAACGUCAUAUUCAAUGCAGCUAUUGACUUGCUGAUCUUUGGAAAACGCUACUAUCUUGCCACCGCUUUCAACUUGAGAGAUCCAGUCGGAAGCCUAAGAAGUGGAUCCGACAAAGCAACGGAAUGGUACAAGAGCAAUAUGAAUAACGAACAAGCAACCGCACCAAAGUCGAACUUUUACGACAGUCCAAAUCCAUAUGCUGACUUUGAAAUGUCAGAAACAUUCUUAAUCGAGAAUCAGCAAGCGGCAACAGAUAGCAGAACUGGUGCCUGUUUGUAUGUCGAUUCUAAAUCCGAAGCUGAUAUUAAAGUUACGGGCUGCAAUGAAACUGAUGACAGACAGAAUUGGGCUUACACUCUUAAAGGACAAAUUGAGAACUACUGGUCUAAGUUGUGCAUUGACUCAAAUGGCGCUACCGCUGGUACCAAACUGAGACAAACCACAUGUAAUCCUGUGCACGACAAUCAAAACUUCCAGUGUGACUUGACUGUGAGAACUCUAAUGAGAAGACGAAGCGAUAAAUGUUGGACGCUAGGUACAUCAACAAUCAAUGGCCCAGGCCCUCUGGUUCACCGCGGUUCCUUAAAAUGCAUUCAUGUGCAGAAUGGAGGUUUUAAUGCAGUACCGGAUGGCACUCGAUUAGUUAUUUACGCGGGAUGUUACAUUUCAAGCGGAAGUUCUGCAAAUAGAUUGGAAUUCGCCCUGGAAGAUGGCUAUUUUAAGCACAUCAGGAGUGGUAAGUGUGCAAAGCCAAUUGGAGCAGUCACUGAGGGAGUUACUCUUGGAAUGUACUCGUCUUGCGAUGGACACAAGUUUAGUUUCACUGCUGGAGGCUCAUUACAGCACAUUGCAAGCAGAAAAUGUGUCAACCCCAGAUCAGGGAAAACGAUCCCGGGCAAUGGUGACGAACUGGUGUUGAAUUCGAACUGCGAAAAUAAUGACUUUUCACAAAACAAGGAGCACCUUCUUUAUACUUUCCUUCCACGUACCCCAUACGUUACUCUUCAAACGUGCACAAGCAUUGAGGAAGCGAGACUGGAUCAACGCUUUGAAAUCAUGGAUGAAUCAGUUGCGAGCAUUUGCAGCAAGUUUGCAAGAAAUCUUGCUUACCAUAAGACUACUGAACAAUCAAGUACAGCACAUGGUGGAUUCAGCAGCAGAGCUGUUGAUGAAAAUUAUUCCGCUUUUUACAACGAUAAAUCGUGCACUCAUACCAGAAAAGAGCAAGACCCUUGGUGGAGGGUCGAUCUUGGAAGGGAAUACAUUGUGACAGAUGUGUUGAUCGUAAAUCGGCAUGGAUCGUAUCAAAGGCUUAAGAACUUUGAUGUGAAAGUCGGGAUCAGCAAAAACAACAAGGAGAAUCCGACAUGUCACGACCGCGUGAGGUAUGUGGACCAGGCGCAAGCACUCAGGGUGCAGUGCGAUCCACCAAUCCCAGGCCGAUAUGUGUCGGUACAGAUGUAUCAAUUCGAGUAUCUAACCUUGUGCGAGGUGGCAGUUUAUUCAAGAGUAGGCUCUCUCGCAGAUCUUUGUCAACUGAAUAAUGGCGGUUGUGACCAGGUUUGUUAUAAUCUGUGUAACUUGAGAGUCAAGUGUGGCUGUCUACCUGGUUACACUCUCGCUUAUGAUGGAACCACCUGCAUGGAUCGUAAUGAAUGCAAUCUCAAUAAUGGAGGCUGUGACAAAGCAAAUGGUCGCUGUGUAAAUAGCCCUGGUAGCUUCCACUGUGAGUGCAAUGCUGGAUACAAUCUGCAAGAGAAUAGUCAAUUCGUUUGCGAAGAUCUUAAUGAAUGUGGCAUGAACAAUGCUGGAUGUGAGCAGAUCUGUAGCAACAGCGAUGGUAGCUUUAACUGUGAUUGUAGGGCAGGAUUCAGACUUAAAUCGGAUCAAAUGGGUUGCGAAGAUAUUAAUGAAUGUAAUACAGACAAGGGAGGUUGCAACCAUAACUGCCAUAACUAUGAAGGCGGAUAUUACUGUACUUGCCGGGCUGGCUAUCACCUAAAGGAUGACGACAAAACAUGUGAAGAGAUUUAUUGCCCAGCAUUGGAAGUUCCAUUAAAAGGAGAAAUAACGCCGGCAAUCUGCACUGAUGGUCGUGCAAAUAUUGCGCCUAACACUGCGUGUGGGUAUUCGUGCGUAACUGGAUACCACCUUGUAGGUGAUAGUUCACUAGUCUGCCAGAUUGACGGAUUAUGGCAAGGGACAGUCCCGCGUUGUGAACCGGUUAUGUGUCCGAAGCUGACUGUACCGGCCAAUGGUGCUGUGGUUCCAUCUUCAUGUAGCGAAAGGGAUUCACAGUACGGUGUGGAUUGUUUCUUCAACUGCGAUGCGGGCUAUGUCUUAAAAGGUCCCAGAUUUAUGACUUGUCAAACGGAUAAUUCAUGGUCUGAUAUGGCGUCAAUUGCUUGCGAAAAAGUGUUAACUGGUCCGUGGAUCAAGUGUCCAAUGGACAGAGUAGAAGAACUUCAACCAGACCAGUCUGCAGUAGCACUCGGAUAUAAGUGGCAGAAACCGCAAACAAACAUGGAUUCCCCUACAGUAUCGCCCAGCAACUAUGAUGAGAAUUAUCUAUUCCCUGUCGGUAAACACAGGGUCAUGUGGACAGUAACAGCAUCUGGGAGAGAGAUAAGCUGUACCUUUUUCAUAACCGUCGUCGAUGUGACCCCUCCCUCAGUUAAAGACUGCCCGGCGUCAUUUACGGAACAAACCGACACACUUUACAAGGAAGUUACAUGGAAGGAGCCUACUUUUACCGAUAAUGUAGGCGUUGUCGUUGUGCUAUCCAAUCGUGAGCCAAAUUUCGACAUGCGACCUUUUUCAACAAUUUCGAUACUAUACGUUGCAACUGAUGCUGCGGGAAAUGAAGCCAACUGUAGGUUUAACGUCACUGUCGAAGGCACAAAGUGCAGAACAAUUGAUCCGCCCAGGAAUGGCGUGCUGGAAGAGAUUCCUGGCGCCUUUAUAAAAUUGCGAUGUGACCCUGGCUUCCUUCUCAACCCAACUCCCCCCGGAUCGCCUGGACUACUCGAACAUCCUUCUUACGAUUGUCGGGGAAACAGAUGGAUUUCACAGCAUGAUGGAGAAUCCGAGCUGACCAAGCAUGUAGAUUGCGCGGCUUACACUGAACCUGACGGGCAAGCUUGCAAAGAAGGUUCAACUUUGAUGGGAGACAUGUGUGUGGACUGUCCUCCGGGAACAUAUGGAGAUUCUGGAAAAUGUAAAGAGUGCACAGCCGGCUUUUUCCAGGACACACCCGGAAUGACGGAAUGCAUGCCAUGUCCAAAGAACUUUUCAAGUACCGUGAUCAGAUCUACAUCGGGAGCAGACUGCAAACCAAUCUGUAGGCCUGGUGAAUACUCCAUAAAUGGUGGCGUCGAUCCUUGUCUGGACUGUCCGGUGGGUACAUACCAAGACAACUACCAACGAACUAAGUGUCACGCAUGCCCAGCAGGUUCGACUACAUUGAACAAAAAAAGUUCUUCGGCAGAUGAUUGCUACUGUGCCCUUAGCAUCACUAUGACCAUGCCAACAGAGAGUCAAGUCCUACGUGUGCAGCAAACUGUAAGACUUGCUUGUUUCAUUGAGGGACACCCGAUACCAAAGAUUAAGUGGACUAAAGUUGGAGGUUCGAUGCCUUCUAGGCGAGUCACCAUCGAAAAUGUGUAUGAUUCGGACGCAAAGUUGAAUGGUGUUGUGUACAACAUUGAUAACGCCGAGGUUUCUGAUUCUGGAACUUACGAGUGCAGUGUUGAAAAUAAAUUUAUGGGAAUUGCUAAGCGUGUCAGGAUUGACGUACUUCAGGUAGCUGAAUAGCUAAAGACGUCUUAAAGCCGAAAAUUGAAACAGUGGAUCAUGUAUUGACAAGGAAUACAUUUUAGUGCUAAUCCCGAUAAUAAAAUGGAAAAAUUAAACAGUGGUAAAAUUGUAAGAGGCUUAAAUCGGUGGAAAUAGCGGGAGUAGUUGGAAUAAAAUAUGUAGUAUUGUAAUGGGCUGAC